GGGCGCGCUGCCGUUCCCGGGUCGGGCAGCUAGAGAGCAGUGCAGGGAGCGCCAGCCCGAGCCCGCAGCUCCCUUCCUGUGGGCAAGGCCGACAGCGGAGCCGAGCGCCGGCCGAGGAGGCCCGGCCCGGCCGCCCCCGCUCCGCUCGCCCAUGGCGGAGACCAAGAUCAUCUACCACAUCGACGAGGAGGAGACGCCGUACCUGGUGAAGCUGCCCGUGCCGCCGGAGAAAGUCACGCUGGCCGAUUUCAAAAAUGUCCUCAGCAACCGGCCCGUGCACAGCUACAAGUUCUUCUUCAAGUCCAUGGACCAGGAUUUCGGGGUGGUGAAGGAAGAGAUCUCAGAUGACAAUGCAAAGCUCCCUUGCUUCAAUGGAAGAGUGGUGUCCUGGCUCGCAGCUGAGCCGGUGCGGCCGAUCGACCCCGCGGCGUGGAUCUCUCAUACCACGGCCAUGACGGGAGCGUACCCCCGUUACGAAUUAGAAGAGUCUCCCCUAACUGUGAAGAGUGACAUGGCUACUAUUGUCAAGGUCAUGCAGCUGCCCGACUCAGGCCUUGAAAUUCGGGACAGGAUGUGGUUAAAAAUCACCAUCUCCAACGCAGUGAUCGGAGCAGACGUGGUGGACUGGCUUUACACACACGUGGAAGGCUUCAAGGACCGCCGGGAGGCCAGGAAAUACGCCAGCAGCAUGCUGAAACACGGCUACCUCAGGCACACUGUGAACAAGAUCACCUUCUCAGAGCAGUGCUACUACGUCUUCGGAGACCUCUGUGGCAACCUGGCUGCACUGAACCUCAACAACGGUUCCAGCGGCGCCUCGGACCAGGACACGCUGGCUCCUCUGCCUCACCCCGCUGCCCCCUGGCCCCUGGGCCAGGGAUAUCCCUACCAGUACCCUCUGCCCCCUCCGUGCUUCCCUCCAGCCUACCAAGAGCCAGGCUUCAGCUACGGCAGUGGCAGUGCAGGCAGCCAGCAGAGUGAAGGGAGCAAAAGCAGCGGCUCCAACCGGAGCACCAGCGAGAGCAGCAGGAGAGCGGCGGGCAGGGAGAAGGAGCGCAAGUCCGGGGGCAGCGGCAGCGAGUCGGAGCGGCGCGAGCGGCCGCGCAGCCAGCUCAGCCAGCGCUCGGCCAGCGACAGGAGCCAGCAGAGCCAGCAGAGCCAGCACUCCCACGGGCCCCCGGGGCUGCCCCCCUUGUACAGCCUGCCCAAGCUGGGCUCCAAGGCGCUGGGCAGCAGCGGGCCGCCCGGGGCGCCGCCGGUGCGCGAGCUGGGCGCCGUGCCGCCCGAGCUCACCGCCAGCCGCCAGUCCUUCCAGAAGGCCAUGGGCAACCCUUGCGAGUUCUUCGUGGACAUCAUGUGAGAGGAAGUGCCUUCAAAAGACUCUGCACAGGGUGGGGGUUUUGUUGUUGGUUUGUUUUUUUUGGGGGGGUGGGAUGCUCAGUUGGAAGAGGCUUGGCUGUCUUGCAUGUCACACCUUCCUGUUUGCGAGCGUGGCGCAGAAAACUAAAAAAAAAUCGACAAAACUGGACAAAAAAAAAAGAAAAAAAUACAACCCCACCCCCCUACACACCUGCAAAAUGAACAACAGAAUCUGCUGGGAUUGUUAAAUAUCAGCAAAUCGACGGCAUCUUUUCCUUAGGUUUGUUUUUCUCCCCUCCCCGUCUCGUUUUGGAUUGUGAAUGGCUGGUGUAUAUUCACAUCUUAAUGAGCUUUGGUCAUUGUGGCACCUCUUCAGUGGAAUUAGUGUCUCUCUCUGGGCUGAGUGGAGGACUGGUAUUUCACAUGACUUCUAAAUUCCUGACAAUGCAUAGGAGCACUUUGAUUUUAUUUUUUUUUCCCUGCUUUUUCUCUUGCGAGGACAAAAGGACUGCUGGCUGGUAUCUGGGAUACUGCCUUGGAAUGCUGGUUCUUGGAUGCAUCCCUGGCUCUGAGCAGACAUGGCACCCACAGGUGCUUGGAAAGGAGCAGGAUCCAACCAAUUCCUGGAGGAAAACAAAGUUGUGGCUACUUCCUGCUGACUAGGCAGUAUAAAUCAAUCUUUCUUGGGUUGUUUAAGGGUUUUUUUAAAAGAUAUUCUAUCAAGGGAGUGCUGGAGUCUUGCUACUGUAUGUGUUCAUUGUGCAGAACUUGUCAAGUUAUUUCCUUCAGUUAUUUCCUUAUUUCCCAAGAGUGAUUUUGCAGCUGCCCUCGGUUCCUGGGCACUGCAGUCACAUCCCUGCUGCCAGGCGUGCCUGUUCCCUCUGCACGUGCACUCGCUUGCAGGUUGGAAGAGUUAUUCCCACAAAAAAAGGAAAAUUGCUGCAGGUCUGUCAGCUUUGCCCUUUUGAAGGGGCUGGGGUCCCAUUCCAGCAGAGAAAUCCUGGCUCCCACUGGGAUUGGCUCUUCUUUGUGAUCCCUCCUUCCUUUCUGAGCACAAUCUUUCUCUUUUUUGUUAAAACAGAGACCUGGAGGUGUCUGAUCCCCCAGAGCACAGUGAGGUGUGAGGGUGUCUGAGAACAGACCAGAAAAGGUACAAAAAGAAAUCCUUACCCCACCCUGCAGCUCCCCAAAACUAAAUCCUCACCCCUGACACCAAGUGAGAGCCACCCUGGAGCUCCCCAAAAAUAAAUCCUUACCCUGACUCUGAGUUAAACUCACUCUGGAGCUCCCCAAAACUAAACCCUUCCCCUUGACAGCAAGUUAUACCAACCCUGGAGCUCCUCAAAAAUAAAUCCUUACCAUGGCACUGAGUGAGACCCACCCUGGAGCUCCCCAAAACUAAAUCCUUCCCCUUGACAGCAAGUGAGACCAACCCUGGAGCUCCUAAAAAAGAAAUCCUUACCCUGAAACCGAGUGAGAGCCACCCUGGAGCUCCCCAGAAAUAAAUCCUUACCCUGACUCUGAGUUAAACUCACUCUGGAGCUCCCCAGAAAUAAAUCAUACCCCUUGACAGCAAGUUAUACCAACCCUGGAGCUCCUCAAAAUGAAAUCCUUACCCCUGACACCGAGUUAGACCCACCCUGGAUUCCCCAAAAAGAAAUCCUUUACCCCUGAGUCCUCCUCCUGCUGAGGAGCUCUGCUGUUGAAUAUCCCCAGGAUUUAAUUCCUGGCUGGUUUCUGCUCUGAGGCUGUAGAAAGUAAAACUCAGGCAGCUUCAGGGCUGUUUAAGAAGAUUUUUAAAGCAUGGUGAGCACAGCCAUGCUCUCCUGUGGUCAUUUGAUGAGACAGGAGCUGCAGCCACUCUGGAUUUCCUCUGUUAAAUUCUCUUUUGUGGGAUCUCUGUGCUGGCAGGUUUUAGGGCAGGUGCUUUAAAAUCAGUUUUUACUGUAAAUAAGCAUUUUCUCCACUGGUAAGAAGCUGCUUUUUGAUGUGUUCUGUGCUUUUUGGGUAAAUAUCCAAGGUGGAUGUGAAGAGAGAACAUCUUUGUCUCUUACACACACAGUUCAUCCUGAAAGCUGACCCCUCAAAAUGUCUUUUUAAUUCUGAUUUUUCACUUCUUUCCUUUUUCCCUCCUCCCUUUGUCAGAGACUCCAGAUGUUUGUGGGAAAGGGAGACUCAAUUUCUCCUUCCCCGGGGAGCCAGGAAUUUGGGGAACUCUCACUUAGCCCAUUUCUGGGCUUCUAAAUGAAUUUCCUUUACAAAAACCUCCCCCCAAAAAGCUGCCCAAGGCUUCUGGAAGCAGAGCUUCCAUCACCACCCGGGGAUGGCUCCUCCAAAAGAGGCCCUGCCUAAAGCUUGGCAGGACUUUUCUUUCCCUCUCCUCCCAGAUGCAAACCUGGCUUGGUAAAAUUGUGAAAUACUGCCAUUAAAUCAGGGUAAAAGAGUGCUGGAAAUCUGAGGCACUGCUGAGCAGUCUGUGGCUUCACUGACAAUCACUAGUGGUUCUACUUUUAAAUUAAUUGAGUUUUUUUUUUUUCUGGCAUUUUAUAAAUUAUGAUUUCUCUGGCUCUGUUUGUUUUAAGGCAGAACUCAGAGGGCUGGAAGGAAAAAAAAAAUCUUUUAAUAUUUCCAGAAAAAGGGAUGAAAGCUGGGGCUGAGCUUUUCACCCAUUUCAUUUCCAAGAGCUGCAGUUCACACACCUGCUGGGGCUUUGGUUGUGUCUCGUGGUUUUGCUGUUGGCAGAAACUGUUCUGUGUCUUGCUGGUCUUUGCUGCUAUGUUGAAAAAUGACUUUUUUUUCCUAAAUAUGUGUGCUCGUGGGUCACCCUGGGACGGGGCUGGGAGUCCCCAGCAGACGUGGGAAUGGUUUGCUGAGGAAAUCAGGAGGAGCUUCCCCCACUGCAGGGAAAGGGUUCACAGGUGGAUCCUCUUGAACAGUGCAAUAUUGAACAGGGACACAAAAAUCUGCUUUUUAUCCCCCAUGCUGGGCUGGAGGUUGGGUCUGAAUCUUUGCCAGCUCUGUUUCCUCAAAGGAACAAAAAUGAGAUUUCUCAAACCCAAAUAUUGAACAGUGACACAAAAAUCUGCAUUUUUCCCCGUGCUGGGCUGAAGGUCAGGUCUGAAUCUUUGUCAGAUCUGUUUCCUCAAAGGAACAAAAAUGAGAUUUCCCAAAUAUUGAACAGUGACACAAAAAUCUGAAUUAUUUUUCUCCCUGUGCAGAGGCUGGCCUGAAGGUCAGGUCUGAAUCUUUGCCAGCUCUGUUUCCUCAGGGGAACAAAAAUGAGAUUUCCCAAAUCCCAAAUAUUGAACAGUGACACAAAAAUCUGCAUUUUUCCCCGUGCUGGGCUGAAGGUUGGGUCUGAAUCUCUGCCACCUCUGUUUCCUCAAAGGAACAAAAAUGAGAUUUCUCAAACCCAAAUAUUGAACAGUGACACAAAAAUCUGCAUUUUUCCCCGUGCUGGGCUGAAGGUCGGGUCUGAAUCUCUGCCACCUCUGUUUCCUCAAGGGAACAAAAACGAGAUUUCCCAAAUCCACCCUUGGCUUCCAUCCUUUGCAGCCCUGUCCUGCUGGGCACAGCAUUCAUUCCCUGUGCCAGCCGUGCCAGGGGAGCUGCCCACAGUGGGGAUUGUGCCAGGGGAAGGAGGAUGUGGAGGCUGGAGUGCUGCAGAGGCAGCAUUUCUUACCCACCAGGGCCUGGAAUUGAAUUUUGCUGUGCAGGGCUUGGGAACACCUCAGAACAGGAGCCUGAAGAAUUGGACUAAAGCAAUUCUUCUUCAAAAGUUGCUUUUUGAAAUCAAUAAUUUUCAUUCUGCAGCUGAGCUCAUGCUCACCCAUCCCUGCAGCAGGGAUGUCUGGGGGCUCCUGGAGAAGGACGAGGAAACAUUUUGGGGUGACUUCUCCCCAGGAUCUGCACCUGGGGUGUCUCCACCCAGUAUUUCAACCCUGAAAAAUAAAUUUUUUUGGCAAAUAUAGUCUUAAAAGCAUGCUGGUGUCUUUUACCUCCUGCUAAUGAACCUGCUUUUCCAAGGAAUCAGUGCCCUGGACACUUUAUCCAAAGUUUUAUUGGAUGGCAAGCGAUGAUGCACAGAUGUUGACUUUUGGUAGGAUUUUUGUUCUCUCUGAUUUUUGUUCUUUUCCCCUCCUGAGACUUGACAGCUCAUGGGUUGAUGUAAUUCUUUUGGUUUUAUUUUUAUUUUUAAUUUUUAUUUUUUGUUUUUGUUCUGCAUUUAACUGGAUUGUAAGAAGAUUGACUUAAAAUUAUUAAUUCUAAUCAGUGAUUAGAAAUACGUGUAAAGAAUUUAAUGUACAGUAGAGGAACAAAGUGACAUGAUUUUAAAUAAUGAAAACCCCAGACUAUCACCUGUCCUAGAACUGGUUCUACUCCAAGAGUGACCUCUCGUUAGCAUGGACUGCACUGUUCCUGUUAAAUGUCUAUUGCAUAAUGGAAUUCUUUUUUGUAGAUAUUGUAUGAAAACCCAAGUGUCUGUAUAGUUAAUAUAUAGCUGCUUAUGUGUAAAUGCUAUUUUAAACACUAAAAAGCUUUUAAUUUUAUGUGAUAA